UAAUAUAAGCCUAUCUGUAGUCGUAUUUAUUGAAGCAUAUAAAAUUGUACGGGGCAGGAGAGGAAGGUGAAAGAAUUAAAAGCGAGAUUGGAGAAUCAUGCAUGCAUUGAGGAGGAAGAAGCGUUUUCACUUCAUCUAUGAGCUUUUUUCAGCGACUAACUCGUGGAGAUUUGAUGGCUUUUUAGGGUUUGAUUAGAGACUUUGCUUGUGAGAAGCAAAAAGAUGAGAUUCUGCAAUUCUGUCUUUUCCGAUCGAAUUUGUGCUAAAGAAAAAGGAUCAAAGAGAAAGGAGGAGAUCAUGCAACUGCAUUGAAUUUUACCAUGGAGAAGGCAAGUAUAUAGUGCUUUUUGUUGAGCUCUUUUGACAAGUGAUCCAAGAGAUCACAGCAAUGGCAGAACAAUUAUUGCAAGAAGAUUAAUAAUUAAUUAGAAAAUAAAUUAUUUCAAUGUGAUAUUAUUAAUAAUCUUAUCGGAUAUGAAGCUAUCCAAGCAACCAUCUUCUACGAUUCUCUUUGCCACGUGGAACUGGAAUCUAUCGAUGGCGAAUCUAGUCGAGUCUGCCCGAUCCUCGAUGUCUCAGAGGAGCUUGUUUUGGGAGGUAGUUUCCGACUCAUUCAGCCAAGCCAUGGAAAAGGGUUGGCUGAGAUGGAGCUAUUCUCGGAGAAUGCUUCGCUUGGAACGACGCCUAUCGAACCGAAGGAGCGCAAAGGAGCUUCUUUUAGGAGUUUGGAUGGCGAUCCUCGGGCUCUUGCAAUAUGCCCGGAAACUGCUCGAUCAAUUGCCCCAUAAAUUUCCUCCCGAUUCUCACCCUUUUCUCUCAUUACUCCGGCGCCUUAUGUCACUUCCACCGGCACAUUAGUCGAAGAGUCUCGUAUCGGAGGGGAGAUUGCAGAAGAGACAGCGAGAGGCAGACGAAGAAAUGGCACAAGUGGGGAAGGAUGAGAGGAUACUGGUUUCAGUGAGGAUGCGACCGCUGAAUGCUAAGGAGAUUGCGGGAAAUGACCCCUCUGAUUGGGAUUGCCUCAACACCACCACCAUCGUGUUUAAGAGCAGCGGCCAGGAGCGGGCUUUGUAUCCUACAUCCUACACAUUUGACAAAGCAUUUGGUUAUGACUGCACUACACAACAAGUCUAUGUUGAAGGAGCUAAAGAUGUUGCUUUAUCAGUUGUCAAUGGAAUUAAUGCAAGCAUCUUUGCUUAUGGACAAACGAGUAGUGGAAAAACAUACACAAUGACUGGGAUAACUGAUUGUGCUAUCGAGGACAUAUAUGACUAUAUAAAGAAGCACAAGGAAAGAGAUUUUGUUCUAAAAUUUUCUGCUAUGGAGAUAUACAAUGAAGCAGUAAGAGAUCUGUUGAGUAGUGAUAGUGCCCCUCUCAGGCUUCUUGAUGAUGCAGAGAGAGGGACAGUUGUUGAAAAACUUACUGAGGAAACUGUGAGCGACCAAAUGCAUCUCAAGGAACUUCUUUCAUUUUGUGAAGCACAAAGACAGGUUGGAGAGACCUCAUUAAAUGAAACAAGUUCUCGAUCUCAUCAGAUACUGAGACUGACAAUUGAGAGUACGCCUCACAUGUUCGUGGGUAAGGGGAAUUCAAGUACUCUUCUAGCUGCUGUGAACUUUGUUGAUUUAGCAGGAAGUGAACGUUCAUCUCAAAUAUCAUCUAGUGGUGUUCGUGUAAAAGAAGGUUGCCACAUCAAUAGAAGUUUGCUUACCCUUGGAAAAGUUAUCCGGCAACUAAGUAAAGGAAGGAAUGGGCAUAUUCCAUAUCGGGAUUCCAAACUAACACGCAUAUUACAACCUUUCUUAGGAGGUAAUGCAAGAACUGCUAUUAUUUGCACAAUGAGCCCUGCUCGAAGCCAUGUUGAACAGUCCAGGAAUACUCUGUCAUUUGCAAUAUGUGCAAAACAAGUAGUUACCAAUGCCCGAGUCAAUUUGGUGAUGUCUGAUAAGCAAAUGGUAAAACUAUUAAAACUAGAGCUUGCUAGAUUGGAAAAUGAACUGAGACAAAGAGGAUUUGCAACCUGCACAAAUCAUUCUGAUGUCCUGAAAAAUCAAGAUGCUCAAAUUAGAAAGAUGGAACAAGAAAUCAAGGAGUUGAUGUAUGAAAGAGAUUUUUCUCAGUCUCGAUUACAAGAUUUGCUCAGAUUUGUAGGAGAGCCAAGGCAAUGGGAUCAAUUCAGUCAGUCUGAGAUGUCACUCGCAAACAGUGAAUAUGAAGAUACAUACUCAAUUUCUGGUGCAUCUGGUAUUACAUACCAAAUUCCAGAUUUUGACUCUACAGCACUUGAUACACCAGAGGAAAUGGAUGGUUACAACAGGAUGCGCCUUGAGCUUCUUGAUAAAAUGAACCCAUCUAGAUGCUCAAUCAGCAGUGAGGCCAUAUAUGAAGACCAGUGCAAGGAGGUUCAGUGCAUUGAGAUACAUGAUAUGAGCAUAAGUGGGCAAUCUAAUCUUCUAUCAAACGAAAAUGUCACUGAUGUGUGCAAACUUCAAAAUCCUUCAUUGCAAUGUGAUGAAGAUAUACCCUGCGCUACUGCAAUGGAACAAUCAAUUAAUAUUACAACUAAGACAAAUGGCAAUAGUGACAUGCCAAAUACUGAGGGAUCAUUUCCAUCACCUUGGGUGCCAGAAACUAUGCAUUCUAAAGUGUCAGUACUAACUAGAAGUAGAAGUUGCAUUGCUAGUCUGAUGAAUGAUUCAGUCUUAGCUUGGCUUGAAAAUGUUCAUCAAGCUAAUAAGACAGAGCCCUAUAUAUUUAAAAAGAUUCCUAGUGCACAACCUGAAUGUUCAGAGAGAAGAACUGAAGAUGCAGUGCUUUCUGUUAGUGUAUACCAGGACAUCCAAAGAUUCACUUCCGUUGACGUGAUCGAAAUUGAGGAUACCAAAACAAUUCCUCAAGAUUCUGAUUGUAAUGAUCAUGCUUCUCCAGAAUUGAAUGUAGCGGAGAAGAGUCAGAAUCAGAGACUACUCCAAGAUGAGACCCAUAACCAGGAACUACUACUCACCUCCGCUGACAUGAUCAACAUUGAGGAUAUCAAAACAAUUCAUCAAGAUGUUGAUGUUGAUGACCAUGCCUGUACAACUUCUUCAAUGUCGAAUAUGAUGGAGAGUCAAAACCAUAAACUUCUUCAGGAGUUUCAGGAUAACCAGGAACUGCUCCAACUCCCUUUUAACCAGUGUGCUCAACAGACUGUUAAAGAAGACAAUGAGGUUCAUAGGAACAUUGAGGAUGUAAGUCUGGAUCCCGUGCAAAAAUCCUUGGGGACUUCAUGGCCAUUGGAAUUUGAGAAAAAACGUCGUGAGAUAAUUGAACUCUGGCAAGCAUACAAUGUAUCCUUGAUCCACAGAACUUGCUUUUUCUUGCUAUUUAAAGGUGAUCAAUCCGAUGCCUUCUAUAUGGAAGUUGAACGCAGAAGGUUGUCCUUCUUAGGAACCAUUUCCUGUGGCAAGGCUGGUGAGGUAUUGGUCAAAGAUGUUCACGAAUUCAGACCUUCUACAAGUUUGAGAUAUCUUUGUCGCGAGAGAGAAAGGUUGUGCAGGGAGAUGAAGAAGAAACUUCAGACAGUGGAGAGGAAGAAGCUUUUUGCUGAAUGGGGGAUUGCUUUAAACUCCAAGAAAAGGAGUUUUCAACUCACUCAACGCUUGUGGGCAAGAACCGAUAUCGAACAUGUAAGAGCCAGUGCAUCUCUUGUGGCUAAGUUGAUCGGAUUCGUAGAAAAAGGAGAGGGCGUAAAGGAGAUGUUUAUACUCAGCUUCAUACCACAGAAGACUAGGAAGAGAUCCUUUGGCCAGCGCUACCUUGGGUGUGGGAUGCCUCCCUUCAUGUUGAUUUAAGUGAAAAUUAUGUCUGCCCUGUAAUCACAACAACUAAUUUGUGGAAUUUCUGAUUCUUCAUGGUUUGUAAUCUUUUCUAUUUGUAAUUGAUAACAAAUGCAACUUGUGUAUCUAGAGAUACUUCUGGUUGGAAUCAAAGUAUUUUUCUUUUCUUGUUGU